GAUUUCGUGUUUUGAUUUUUUGAUUAAGUUUACUUCUGUCCUCUUGUUUUUAAUUUCAAUUUUAAAAAUCUCGCAUUGAAUCAAAUAUCAAUUUCUGAACACAUUAAAAGCGUUCAUAGACGGAAAACAUUGGACUUUAAAAUUAUUCCCUGUUUCGGUUUCAGUUAUUCAGUAAAAAAUAUAGAUCCACUUAAACGUGACGAAUUGAACUGUGUGUGUUUAUCAAGUCAACAUGGAACUGCGUACACGAUUUCGGGAUUUGCGUUUUGGAUUAAUUCUACUUCUGUCUUCUUGUUUUCUCAUCUAUGAGUCUAGGAAGUUGAACGGUUAUAAAUUUCCAGUGUACUCAACAAAACACUGUCCCAAAAAUCAGACAGAAUGGAAUGAGAGGUCGUCUGCUAUCAAUUGUACAACAGAAAAUGGAUACGUUUGUUUGCCGAAUGAAAACAUAACGGAACUGUUAGAGUUUUGUUAUAUUUAUCCUUUCAUAUUGAUACAGGAAGGUAUAUGUUUAUAUUUGAAUAGGCGCUACUCAGCUGUAGAUUCAUACAGCUGCACUAGUUUUAUAACCGGAUGUCCUAAUACUUCUUUUGUCUCACAUAACCUGUUCAAAACAUUUAGAAAUAACAAAAGACGUAAUGAUGUUGAAAAGCAUGAAGAAGAUGAAGAUAAAAAGCUUUUGCUAUUUGCUUCACAUAAUCGAAAAGAUAUAAGUUUUGAAGAAUUGCCACUUGACAAAGUCCUCUUUAAGAGAUGGCAAGAAGACAACAAACAGUUUGUAGAAACAAAAGCGAGUAGAGAAGUGGAAGGACUUAUAAAAUGUAAGAACAUUGUAAUUGUGACCGGUCACACAGGAUCUGGAAAAUCCGCCAUCGUGCACCACGUCGCUCUUAAAUGUAGAAGUCAAGGUUGGAGUGUUAAACCGAUAAGUGCAGUGAUGGAUAUGAUACAAAUUAUAAAUGCAUCUACUGGUGAUCUUGAUGGUAGAACAAUUUUUGUUGUAAGUGAUCCUAUAGGCAAAGAUUCAUUUGAUGAAAUAGAAUAUAACUUAUGGAGAAGAUAUGAGGAAAAUUUAAAAGCAUGUUUAAAGAAAGUCAAACUUCUGAUGUCAUGUAGAAAGUAUAUUUUAAGUGAUGGUAGAGUAAAAGGAUUAUUGAAAGAUAAAUCACAUGUCGUAGACCUCAGCAAUGAAAAAUUUAAAUUGAGUAUUGAAGAAAAAGAAAAUAUUUGGAAAAAGCACGAUGUUGACAAAACUGUAUCGAAAAAGGAAUUAAAGCAAAUACUUAAAACCGAAACGUAUUUUCCUUUAUUAUGCAAAUUAUAUUUUAGCAAAAAAAUCUAUAAAAAUAGAAAGGAAAACCUGAGAUUUUUUAAAGCACCCGUAACGAUUUUUAAAGAGGAAAUACGACAUUUCAGAAAUUCAGACAAAGACAAAUACUGUGCAUUGGUUCUUCUUGUACUGUUUAACAAUCAUCUUUGCAUUGAAGAUAUACGAAAUUCCGUGACAUCAAGAGAAACAUAUAAUCUUGCGUUAGAACUCUGUGAAAUGAAGAAAAACACAGCACCCCAUAGUAUUGGUGAUGCUUUCGAAACUCUACAAGGAUAUUUCGUUAAGAAAAUUGGCGAUACGUAUCAUUUUUAUCAUGACCUUGUUAGGGAAGUUACCACCUUUGUGUUUGGAACAGACUAUCCCUUGGAGUUAAUACAAUAUGCAGACAUUGGUUUUCUUAGAAAAAAGGUUAAACUCGAAUGUCACGAGAAGAGUGAUCAAUUCACUAUAUAUUUACGUGACAAACACAUUGAUGCUCUUGGGAAAAGACUUUUUAAUGACAUUUUUGGAGAAGGUUUGCUAGAUGUUGUACUCAACCCGUGUUUGAAAAAUGAGAAAGUGAUAAAGAUUUUUAUAAAUGAGUUGGAACACCAUCCAGAGAAACUUGAAAUGCUACUUGAAAAGAAAAAGCUUCAAAUUGAUUAUCAAGAAAUAAAUCAAACGACAAAUACCCUUUUUUUGUCUAAACUUGUAUUUGUGAUUUUGGAAGAGGAAAUAUCUCCUCUUUGUGCUAUUAUUAUAUUUUGUGAUACAAGUUUAUCCCUAUAUUGCUUGAAAUCCCUGCAACAAAUGCCCCAUUAUUUCAAGGGCAAUUCCCUUUUAUCUUCUGUAUGCUGCAGUGGCUCAAAAGAUCUUUUAGCUUUGUUUGAAAAAGAUCAUGUUAGAGAAUGUUUGGCAGAAAAAUGGAAGUUUCUUUAUCCCGUACAUAUUGCCUCCGCUUUUAAUAAUACUGAAAUAUUAGAUGAACUGAUCGAAAUUGGUGUUGAUGUGAAUCUAAAGACUACCGAUGAAAAUUUCUGGACUCCCUUAACAUUAGCAGCUGGAAACGAUAUAGAUGAAACCAAAGAGAAUGACAUGAGAAAAUCUCCUCAUUUAAAUCGAAGGAGCAUGAUCCAACUUUUAUUAAAAAACGGAGCAGGUAUCAAUUUAUGUAAGGAAAAUGGAGCAAGCCCCUUGUAUAUAGCUUGUCAAUCGGGAAAUAAUGACAUUGUACAGCUGUUACUGAGUAACGGUGCCGACAUUGAUUUAUGUAUGAAAAAUGGGGCAAGUCCUCUCCAUAUAGCAUGCCAGGAGGAACAUGAUAUAAUUGUACAAAAUUUACUCAGAAAUGGAGCAAAUAUUAACUUGUCUAUGAAAGAUGGAACAUGUCCUCUGUUUAAAGCUUGUCACGAUGGGCAUGAUAAGACAGUAAAGGUUUUACUGCAGCAUGGAGCAGAUAUCAACUCCUGCAUGAAGGAUGGGACUAGUCCUCUCCACAUUGCUUGUCAGGAGGGACGCGACAAAAUUGUUAAAAUUUUACUGAUUGAAGGAGUGAACGUUAAUUUAUGUAAAAAAAAUGGUGCAAGUCCUCUCUAUGUAGCUUGUCAAAUGGGACAUGACAGCAUCGUUCAAAUUUUACUAAGCAAUGGAGCAGAUAUAAACUCAUGUCUAAAAGAUGGAACCAGUCCUCUUUACAUUGCCUGUCAAGAAGGACACGAUGCUAUUGUAAAACUAUUACUUAAACAUAGGACAGACAGUAAUUUAUGCAACGAAUAUGGAGCCAGUCAUCUCUUUGAAGGUUGUAAACGAGGACAAGAAAGUAUUGUACAACGGCUACUAAAUAAUGGAGUAGAUGUUAAUGUAUGUAACGAAAAUGGAGCCAGUUCUCUUUUUCAAGCUUGUCGAGAAGGACAAACAGGCAUUGUUCAACUUCUGCUCAGUAAUGGGGCAGAUAUUAAUUUAUGCAAUGAAUAUAAAGCCAGUCCUCUCUUAACAGCUUGUUUACACGGACAUGUUAGCAUUGUACAACUUUUACUGCGUAAUAAAGCAAAUGUCAAUUCCUGUAACAAAUACGGAGCCAGCCCUCUUUAUGUAGCUUGUAAACAUGGACAAAAAAGGAUUGCACAACUUCUUAUUAGUAAUGGAGCAGCUAUCAAUUUAUGUAAGGAAAACAAAAAUAGCCCUCUCCAUACAGCUUGUAAACAUGGACAUGAUACCAUUGUAUACCUCCUACUGAAUAAAGGAGCAGACAUUAAUUUACGUAACACGAAUAAUGUCAGUCCUCUUGAUUUUGCUCUUAAACGCGAAUAUGAAAGCAUUGUACAACUUCUUCUGAAUCAUGGAGCAUUCAUGUAG